AUGGUGCUACCCGCUGUCGCUGUUCAAGAGCGGAAUUCUUCCGAAUCGUCGAUCUCCUCGCUCAAGCAUUCUCGAGUAACUCGUUUUGCAGAGGCAGAUACCAUCCACUCUCCUCCAAGCGCUGUGGGUCUGGAAAGGUCUCCUUUCGCAGAUCCACCCGAGGGCUCCAGGACCCCUCCUGAUGUGUCCGACGUGGGUUUCGGAUAUGUCGCGGCAAGUGAUCCGGCACAGCAUACCUCACAUCAUGACGUUCCAACCCCGGGCCUAAAGAGUGCGCUCAAAGUGCCCGGGACCCCAGGACGCACACUAAAUCCGUUGAGCCCGACAUUUCGUGAAGAGUUCUACGUGGAAAAGCAAGAGAAGGUUACCGAGAAGGAAAAUGCCAGAGACCUUCGCAUUAAACUGCGUGUUCGAGUAGCCAAGGUCUUCCUUCGUUUCAUCAAUUUUGGAUGCAGUCUGAUUGUUUUGACGAUCUUGGGUACUACACUGACCAUUUUUCAUGCGACGAAAACACUCCCCGAGCGAAAUACCUUCCCGCCGUGGGAGACUGGUACAAACCCUUGGCCGCAGUACCUGUUGCUGGGGGUUUCGUGCAUUUCUCUGCUUGCUUGUCUCGCGGUAUUUUGGGGCUAUUGGAAAGGCGGUCAUAAACGUGCGGAGAAGUUUGCAUUUUACUAUUCAUCAAUUACAGUUGGCGUCUUCGUCUUCAACCUGGUAAUGUGGGUCGUGGCCGCCGCCAUCUUCCAACACGCCAAGUCAAGUGGGAACAACAAAGACCUUUGGGGCUGGUCCUGCGUCCACAAUGAACGGGAGCAGCUGUUUCAAGAUCAGAUCGAUUACGCACUUCUUUGUCGUUUGCAGGACUGGGGAUUAGUCUGUGCCGUAAUUGAGAUCGUCCUGGAAAUACUAGUUCUCUUGGUCUAUGUGGUCGUUGCAUACCGCUUUUGGACUAAAAGAAAGCUUGCUAGGUCGAUGGACAGACGUGAUCGCGCGAGAACAGAUUUGUACAUGGCCCAGCUCCGGCAGUCUGCACCGAACACUCCUGGGUUUCCUCAUACGCCCAAGGCUCCUUUUGUUUCCACUUGCAUUUCGCAAGAUUCCUACUCGGCAGCGGAGAAUGGAGAGGUAUGUGCGACUCAAUUCGCCUACCAGCAAAGCGAGACCAAGUCCCAGACACCCUUUCAACUUCAACCUCCGCCCAUCCGGGUCCAGCAUGCGACCCCUCAGCCAGCUCAAGAAGAGUUCUCUGCGCCUGUUUCGGUCACAAUUGGUUCUAGUCAGCAUAUGGGGGCGGCACCUGGCGAACGCACCUACGAGAACGUCCCUAUCCCUGAGGCGUACAAAAGUCCUAUGAGCCCUGGAUUUCCACGGGGGGCUUGUUAA